UCAUUCUGUGAUCAGUUUGCGUUUUGGAACAGAGAUAGUCUAGAAUAUUAAUUUCAUUUUAAAAAAUGCAGUGAAUGUGAUGAAACAGUAUGGAUUUUUUUUCUCUCACUGAUUCCUGUAGGCGCACCAGACGACAGGACAUCCGAAAUGGAGACCCUCUCACUCACUGCUCAGACCUCCAACAUCCCGAUAACCCAAGUGGGACCGGGCUGGAAGAGAAGAUUAUCUAUGGCGUAGAGAACAGCAGUACUUUCCUGGAGUGCAGCCCAAAAUCUCAACGUGCUCUGGUCUAUUGGCAGUUUCAGAAGCAAAACGAUGAUCGGAAAGAAGAGAUCAAAGUAAAUGACCGUUUGAUCCGGACAGAGCAAGGUCUUCUCCUUCGGAGCUUGCAGAGGAAGGAUUCGGGACUCUACUUCUGCUAUGCUGUGGAGCACGGCUUCAUGCAAACCCUCCUCAAGGUCACCUUGGAGAUCAUAGACACGGAACACCUGGAAGAGCUUCUUCAUAAAGAAGAAGAAGGAGACAGUUCCAAGGUCAAGGAGGCCUCCAACGGCAUGACUCCCAUCCAGAAAGUGUGGUAUAGAGACUUCAUGCAGCUCAUCAACCAUCCCAACCUAAACACAAUGGAUGAAUUCUGCGAGCAGGUGUGGAAACGGGACCGCAAACAACGCCGGCAAAGACCUGCUAAUGCCCAGGUGAACCCAAACAAAUGGAAGCAUCUACAGGAAAAUAAGAAAGGUAGGAAUAGAAGGACCCACGAGUUUGAGAGGGCACCACGAAGUGUCUGAGCGACAAUUACCUCCAAAAAAAAACCCCUUUUAUCCAAGUAAAACCUUGCAUAACUGGAAAUGAGAUGCAAUACAGACGAACGUUUUCUAUGGCAUUUACGUGGAUGUUUACAAAGAGCUGGGAAGCUUGAAUGGUUUCUGCUUGGUUGAAAAUGGGCCCAGUUUGCUGAAACGUUUUCCGUUGGGCUCGUCUCGUUGACCCCUGUCAUAUCUGGAACGUAAGCUGACUCUGAAACCAGCUUAUGGUUUUGUGGUUUUGCAGUGAGAUGAAAUUGCAUUUCUCUUUGGACCGAAGUAAAGAGGACUGUCAUGGGUCAUGCCGCCAUUUUGAAAAGGAAUUAUGAGGAGGAAAAAAAUGCUCUCUGGGACUUCUCUUGAACUUGACUAAAGAACUGCAUGGAUUUUGGAAAGCUAAGGAACAGAACUUUCACACUUGGUUGUAUGCAAGACUUAUACACCCUUUUUGCCUACUUGUUUAUAAAUGUGCUGGAAGAAUGGAAUUAAUACUGUAUGCAAUUAUUCAUUAGAGUCACAUGGACCCAACCAAUAAUUCCCUGAAGCCAUGGCAACAGCAGGUGGAUUAUUCUGGCCCUACUACUGAUGACUUCCCUAACCUUUGACUUAAAGAUGUAUUUUAUUAAACAACUAUUUAAAUAUACCACAACCAAUAUGCAGUCAAAGAUAGCUCUUUUGGGGGAGGGGAGAUAGAAUAGGCUUUUUGUCUGAUAAUAUCCUGAUAUUCUAAUUGUUAUUUUAUUUUAUUUUUUAAUUAGGAAAAAAGCUCCAGGUUUACUUUUGCUCAGUUUUAAUCCCUUGUUUAUGAAAUUGAGUCAAACGAUAAGCAAACUCAACUAAACUGCAGGUGAUUUAUAUUAUAAGUACCUUUUAUCUAAUUUCUUAGCAGAGCUAUCCUGACAAGGGUUUUGCCUCAUGGAAUAUUCCUCUUUCCUCGUUUCUCCCAUGUUCGGUCUGAGCUCCUUCAUCUUAUCUUAUGCUUUGAUACAAAGAGAAACAGAUGGGAAAAAAUGGAGGGAAACUCAAAUGACUUAAGCUGUAUAUUUUCUUUUUUUAAUUUUGGAAGACUGUGAAUAGCAUUAAAAUAUUUCUUCUGCU